AACAACAAUAGUAUUAUCGCUAAUCAUUUGUAGACUAUUAUACAUAUGGUUUCGUAUGGUAUACCCCAGGAUACCAGUGCUAACCGAUCAAGAUAUUGAACAACGUAUGUCAUCGUAUAAGCUGAGGACAGUUACCUUAAGAAAAUUUGGUCAAAAACUAUAUCAUCAAUUGAGACAACCUGACCAUCGAUUUCAACGUCUGGUACCUAAUCUAUGGCAAAAUACGCCCGAAGAUGGUCUGGAUAUUAGUAUCAAAUAUAUUGAUACCGGUGCUGAUGAUGAUGAUGACACUACCGGCAGCACUGGUAGUCAUAAUAAUAAUAAACCAGUGCUGCUAUUACUGCACGGAUCGCCCAAUUGUUUGACACAUUUUUCCCAUUUUUGCCGUACGUUUGGCCAUAAAUAUCGGUUAUUGAUACCGAAAUUACCGGAUUUUCAGGACAGUCGUCGUCGUCRUCAUCAUCAGCAAAAUGGUGGCCACUUUUGGCAUUCGGGUGACGAACGGGCAGAACUGGUCGUCGMGUUUCUUAACCAACUGUCCAUUCGWGUAGUCGACUGCGCUGUMUGUCAUUCGGCCGGUAGUCUAAUAGCCUUACAGAUAGUCAACGGCGACUACAGUAGUGGUCAUCGACUGACCAUCAAAUCCGUGGUAUUGAUUACACCGCCAGUUCAUCGAUGGCUUACACCGAAACAAUUGGACGGUAUAGCCUUGGUUUGCCGAUUCGGUAGCAAUUGGUGGCUCCGGUGGUUAGGUUUACUASUWGUACCCGAUUGGCURCUCGUAUGGUUGGGCGUCAAACAGUCACUGCUGAGGGCAUCAAAUGUCUUAAGGGAUGAACUGUUUGCCAGUUAUUUCUUUAUAUUAUUAUCGGAUAGUUUAGAUAAAAUUCAAWUAAGAUACCAGUGUUUAGCCCAGAAACAGAUACCGACACUGUAUGUGAUGGCCGGUAAGGAUAAGGUAUUUCCUGUAAAUAAAUUUUGGGAAACUUUGGGAGUUAUGGGUAUAACCRAUGAUAAUAAUACUGCAAACAAAUGUAUUAUCAAUGUUACCGAUAAUGAUAGUGAUAAUAGUUUUGAUGAUACAAUGGUUACAAUGGAUAUUAAAAAUAGUAAUAAUAAUAUUGAUAAUAAUAAUUGGAUUCAAGUUAUAAACUUUCAAAAUAUUUAA